AUGGCCUUCACCCCAGAGCCCGCCUCCCGCGCGACAGCCUCCCUGCUGCUGCGGCUGGAGAGGGCGGGCAGCAUGGGCUGCGCGCAGCUGCACCCUUCCUGCCCGCUCCUGCUUGCGGGAGGGGAGAGCGGGGAGGCGCUUAUCUUCGCAACCAGCAAUGGCGACGUGGUGCAGCGCCUGACAGAACCAUCCAAGAUCACCUCCGCCGCCACCUGCGUGGCCUGGGCGGAGCUAGACGGCGCGGAGCGCGUGCUUGCCGGCCACAAGAGCGGCAAUGUGCGGGUGUGGGACGUCGAGCGCGGCGCCGCGGCCUGCACGCUGGUGGCACAUCGUGCCGACGUCACCUCUCUGGCCUGCAUGGCCCCGCUGUCGCUGCUGGCCACGGGGUCGGCGGACACCAAUGUCAAGCUCUGGUGCUUGGCCGGGAGUGGUGGAGCAGGAUCAGGAGGGGCAGGGGGAGGAGACGGCAGCGGUGCCAGCACCCAGCUGCACCCAAGGGUGAUCCGGGUGGCGGCGCAGACGCUGCGGGGCCACGCCGCGCCCAUCACCCGCCUGGAGUUCACGCCCGACGGGCAGCUGCUGAUCAGCGGCGACGCGGCCGGCGGGCUGCGCGUGUGGCACGUGGCGGGCGGCGAGGCGGGGCGCCUGCUGCAUGACCUGACGGGGCACCACACCGCCGCCGUCACCGGCAUCGCCUGCCACCCGGAGGAGCGCCUCUUUGUCACCAGCUCCCUGGACCGCACGCUGCGCGUGUGGGACAUGGAUGCCCAGCCGGGCACCUGCAUCGGCGUGCACGGCCCCGAGGGGCGGCGCGAGGUGCGCGCCGUGGCGUUUGCCGCCGCGGGCCGAGCCCUGCUGGCCGCCUACCCCGACUGCCUGCGCACCUUCACUCUGGACCCGCUGGCGCACCACGACACAGCAGACGUGCAGUGGAGCAAGGUGGCCGCCAUCCGCUACACCGAUGGCAAGUGCAUCGGCACCAGCCUGUUCAAGGGCGAUGCCGGCCUGUACUGUGUCGACCUCACCAAGCUGCGCCCGUUUGCCCGGGCGGCGGCAGCCCCGCGCGCCGGCUCCUCACAAGCCGAGGGAGACCUGCCAGGCCUGAGCGCCUCCAUGGCCAGCAAGCUGCGGCUGGGAGACCAGUGCCCGGGCCUCCCGCUGCCGCCGAGCACCACCCCCAACCCUACCACCACCAUCCCUGCUGCCUGGCCUGCGGCUGCUGGCGUGGAGCAGGCGGGCCCGGCGGCGCUGCUUGCGGCGGCGCGGCAGCGCCAGGUGCCCACGGUGCUGGAGCCGCGAACGGUGAACGCUGGCCCAGCUGUGGAGGUGGUUGCGGCCCCUGCGGGGCGCCCCAGCCGGCGGCAGGCCCAGCAUGCCACCUUCACUGUCGCUGUGCCAAGCGGGGCCGCGCCUCGUGCGCGUGAGCAGCCCUCGCCGGCGGUCCCAGGGGCGGGCUCCCCCACCCCGCAGCGUAGCACCCUUGGCAGCGAAGGCAAGGCCAGCCGCCACCGUGUAUCUGCACAGGAGAACGCAUCGGGUGACGACAGCCAUGCCGGCAGCCCCACCCCCAAGCCCCAGCCUGCCGCUGUGGCAGGCCUGCCGCAGGACUGCACCAGCGCAGCACCGAGCAUGCUGUCGGUGGCCACACACCGCGGCUUCCAGGCGGCUGCUCUUCAGCGCGGCAAAGCGCAGUGCAGCAUGCUGCGCACCAAGCGCAGCCUGUGGCGGGAGGUGCAGGCUGCGCUGCGGCGCGGGGCGCUGCGGGAGGCCAUCCGCUUGCUGGAGGAUAGCCAGGACCUGAGCAUGGCAGCCAAGGUGAUAGAGAGCGGGGCGGUACAGCGGCAGCGAGACCGCUUCACCAUCGAUGCCUGCGCCGCCAGCCUGCCGCUGGCUGGCAUGCUGCUGGCCUCGGGCACCCCUCUGCACGCCCAGGCCGCCCUGGUGCUGCUGGACGCCAUCCUGGGGCGCUGGGGCAGCUACAUGCACGACUUGCUGGGCAACACUGCGUGGCACAACAAGGUGGACCUGGAGCUAGAGCGGCGGCAGGAGCGGUGCCGGGCGCUGCACAGCGGGCUCAAGGGGCUGGUGGCGCCGCUGGAGCGGCUGGCGGCCCCGCUGGGAGGCGGGCGUGCCCAGCAGAUGCUGGGCAGGCUGCGCGCCCUGUGA